GGACGGCGGCCAUUUUGUGGGGCGCCGGGGCUCUGCCGAGGGGGGAGGCGGCGGCGGGGGGCUCGGAGCUGAGAGGAGAGAAGAAGGCGGGGGAGCGGGCAGGGGCCGGCGGCACGGGGCGAGCGGAGGAGCCGGGCCCUGCCGAGCGGCGAGCGGAGGGAGGGGAGCGGCGGGAAGGGGUCCGCCGGGCCGCUGCGAGGCGAUGGCGGAUAUAGACAAGCUCAACAUCGACAGCAUCAUCCAACGGCUGCUGGAGGUGAGAGGAUCGAAACCAGGUAAAAAUGUCCAACUUCAAGAGAACGAAAUUAGAGGACUGUGCUUGAAAUCCAGAGAGAUCUUUCUCAGUCAGCCUAUUCUACUAGAACUUGAAGCUCCACUGAAAAUAUGUGGUGACAUCCACGGACAAUACUAUGACUUGCUUCGACUCUUUGAAUACGGAGGCUUUCCACCAGAAAGCAACUACCUGUUCCUCGGUGAUUAUGUUGACAGAGGAAAGCAGUCUUUAGAAACAAUUUGUCUUCUACUGGCCUACAAAAUUAAAUAUCCAGAGAAUUUUUUCCUUCUCCGAGGGAACCAUGAAUGUGCCAGCAUUAAUAGAAUUUAUGGGUUUUAUGAUGAAUGUAAGAGAAGAUAUAAUAUUAAGCUGUGGAAAACUUUCACAGACUGUUUUAACUGUUUACCAAUUGCAGCUAUUGUGGAUGAGAAAAUAUUCUGCUGUCAUGGAGGUUUGUCACCAGACCUUCAGUCAAUGGAACAGAUAAGACGAAUUAUGCGCCCCACUGAUGUACCUGAUCAAGGUCUUCUUUGUGAUCUCCUGUGGUCUGACCCUGACAAAGAUGUCCUAGGAUGGGGUGAAAAUGACAGAGGAGUGUCCUUCACAUUUGGUGCUGAAGUGGUUGCUAAGUUUCUCCACAAACAUGAUUUGGAUCUCAUAUGUAGAGCUCAUCAGGUUGUUGAAGAUGGAUACGAGUUUUUUGCAAAAAGGCAACUGGUAACUCUCUUUUCCGCCCCAAAUUACUGUGGAGAAUUUGACAAUGCAGGUGCCAUGAUGAGUGUGGAUGAAACUUUAAUGUGCUCUUUUCAGAUUUUGAAACCUGCAGAGAAAAAGAAGCCCAAUGCUAGCAGACCUGUAACGCCUCCCAGGGGUAUGAUCACAAAACAAGCAAAGAAAUAGUCAAUGUGGCACUGCCUUGUUCGGACUUGUAUUAUAGUAUAUAACCUCCAUUUUUAAAACUGUAAUGUGUACUGUUCAGCUUGCUCAAAAUAGAUAAUGUGUUUGUGGUUUCCCUUUUGAUUUGAUGAAUGGCAUUUGCUGGUUGUAACAGCAAAUGAAAGAUUUUUCUCCCUCCCAGAAAAGGUUUUAAACUUUCCUUUCGUUGGUGUUACAGCUGUACACUCCGCAGCAUCUUAUCCUGUCAUUAUGGGUAAUUGUACAACUGACUUUCUGAAUCUGUACAAUGAGUAGUGUAAAUGCUUGUUUUCUUUAGGAUCUAAAGAGGGCACUAGUGUGCUGUGAGAGUAGAAAUUUGUUACUGUUGGAAAUGACAUACUGUUUAUACAAACCACUGUGAACUUUUUUUACGUUGAAAUUUGUUUUAAAGGGAUUGCUUUUCUUUUAAUGUCUUGUCAUGUACACAUCAGUUUUAUUGCUGUCAACAUUAGAAAUAACCUUCAACCUUCCCAGCAUCACUGGUAUGAUGUAUAUUUAAUGAAAACACACCUCCCUCUCCAUAUACUUUAAAUGUCAAUUAAAGCCAUUAUUUUAAGUUUCUUUCCUGAAGCCAAAGUUCGUUUAGAAAACUGUACGUACACAACCCACCACCCACCCUGAGCUGGCAGGGCCUUCCAUUCAUGCCUUCUUCUCGGAGAUAAAAAGGAAGUCUCAACUUGAAAUAGCAAGUAGAAAUGCUGUGCUGUUAGUUCUGUUCAUGGCAAAAGUAAACACAUUUUUGUACAGUUUCUGUACGUUCUAUCACGUGGACCUUUCUACAGUUGCAUCAGUCCUAUGGCAGCCAGGGUCAGAAGGCUGGAAGUUAAGGAAAUGGUUCUAAGAUCUGCCUGAAUGGUUUUGUGCAUUUUGGCCUAGAGACUUUGUUUUACAAAGAAACCUAGAAAAUAGCUUGAUGAGCCAACCAGAGGCAUUGAUCUUAAGCACCAGUUUAUACAAAUCUCUCACGGUAUCUUGUUUUUUAAAAACUGUUAAUCUUUUUUGAACAGAUGACAGUGUACAAUACCAUGUAGUGAAAAUCACUUAUUAAAUGAAGAAAUUGUUAAA